UUCUCUGGGCCUCAGUUUCUUCAUUUAUAAAAUGAGGGAGAUCUAAGUUCUUUAAAGUCCCUCCUAGCUCUAAGCCUAUGAUUCUAAGAUGUCCUGUCUAUUGUUUUCUCAUGGAAUUCAUCUCACUCUUCUGAAGACACCAACAAUUUGGACUAUUUCUCCAAAGUUUAUGAUAGAAGUACACUUGUAAUUAUGAGCUGAUGUGGCCCUUUCAGAAAUAACUAUUUGGAAGUCGAAAAAGGACUCAUAUAGUGAUUCCUCUCUCACAACCAACAGUCACAAUUCGCUGUCUUUUAGGGAAUGUUUUCCAGGUUGCAAAGGGGAAAAUCAAAUUGAUGAGCUACCACUUGCUGCUGCUGCCCUGUUGAGCUGCAAGAAAGAAGGCAGAUUCCAGGUGGACAUUUGGAAAAUCCAAGUGUGAAAGAACAAUGUGAAAUCUCAAUUCUCCAAAAUGGUUUUGGGAGGUGAAUGCAGUCUCUUGGGCCCCUGUGGGGUUUGGUUCCUAAGGAAACUAAUCCUCACUCUGCUCAGUGUUAUGCAUCACUGGUGUUGAAGAGCUUCGACUUGAAGGCUCUGUAAACAGCCCCCUGAGCUGGCUGGAUCGGAAAGUCACUCUCUUCCCAAUAGGAAGUGAAACGUAUCAAUGUCACAUCCACUCAACUGAGCAUGCUCAUUCAAUGAGGAGGGGAAGGAGCUAAUGGGCAGUCUCUUUAUCUAAACUUAGACAAUGCUGGUAUGAUGUUACUGUGCAAAAGUAAGAAGCAUAGAGGUAGCUUAGGAAAGGCAAAUUUUGUAAUAAAGCCAUUGGAAACUGAGGUUGGAUUUAGGCAAGCAUACUAUCUACUUAAGUAAAGUCAACAGAUAUUUUAACUUAUUAUUAUUCCUAUCAAUAGAAAGGCAGCUUGGUAUAGUAAAUAGAUAGCAGUCCUCUCCAAGACUCAGAUUUUUCAUUUUUUUUUUUGGGUGAGGCAAUCAGGGUUAAGUGACUUGCCCAGGGUCACACAGCUAGUAGGUGUCAAGUGUCUGAGGCUAGAUUUGAACUCAGGUUCUCCUGACUCCACAGACAGAGCUCUAUCUAGCUUCCCCAAGACUCAGAUUUUUCACUUGUCAAAUGGAGUACUUAACAGUUAUUUUGAAGAAGGUUAUUUGUCUUCUUCUAGAGUCUGGAAGACUUUGGGUUCCAGGCCUGCCUCUGACAUAUACUGGCUGUGUAACCCUGGAUAAAUCACUUGUCCUCUCAGUGCUCCCAGGCAACUCGCUAAGACUUUAAGUUGAAAAAUGGGGAUCUGCAUUGGUAAAAGGAAUUUUCUUACCAGGAGUUCCCUAAAUCAAUGAAACCCCAGGUCUACAUCCUGCAAAAACAUUACUAAUAAUACUUCCUUACAUUAAUAUGUCUUUUAGGCUUAUAAAAAAAGUUCACAACAGCUGUAAGAUAGAAUAAAAAAUUUCAGUAUCAUAGUAUUUGACCUAUGAAGCUCAUCCCUCAGAACAACCUUGUGAGGUAUGUAGUUUAAGUAUUGUUGUUCACAUUUCACAUGAGAGUUGUGUGUGUGUUUGUCUGUGUAUGGUGUAGUGCAGUGGUUCUCCAAGUGAGGUUUGAAGACCACUGGGGGUCCCUGAGACCCUUUCAGGGGGUCCUCAAGGUAAAAACUAUUUUCAUAAUUAUACUGACAUUUUAAUUUCUAAUACUGUAUGUAUUGAUAGACAUAACCCACACUAAAAAGACAAAAAAACUUUUGGGAGAGAUCCUCAAUCUUGAUGAGUGUAAAGAGGUCUUGAGACCAAAAAGUUUGAGAAUCCUUGGUGUAGCAGAUCAAGGGAGCUGGCCAUAGAGUCAAGCCGCACCAAAGUUUAUGUCCUCCCUCAGACACAUAUUUAUUGAGCAUAGGCAAGUCAUAACCUUUCAGUGCCUCAGACAACUCUCUAAGAUUCUAGUUCGCAUGACAGCUGCUGAUCUGCACUGGAAGAAGGACCUUCUCCAAACCAUGGUUUCCAAUAUCAAAGAAAUCACAGAUAUUCUCUCUCUCUCAUUCUCUCUCUCUCUCUCUCUCUCUCUCUCUCUCUCUCUCUCUCCAUACUCUCUCUGCUACACCAUACCCCCCUCCCACUUAAAUUUCUAACACAGCUUGUCAGCUGUCAUUUUUUGAUUGAUUCUCACAUGUUAUAUAAUCAGGACGCAAGGGCUAUCAUUCUAUAAUCAUAGCUUCCCCAACUAUUCUUCCUUACUGACUUACUUGCUUCUCUCAUCCUUUUUUCCUCUUGGAGACAAGCAAGCAAAGGUUGGGCAUGACAGUGGAGGCAGGGGGCAGUCAGUAGUCCAGUUUAGAGGAAUUAUAGAAUCCUUAGGGUGGAGGAGUGUGAGCUAAGAUUAGAAAAUUAGUGGUGCUGGAUCAUGGAAUUUCAUGAAUAUCAAGUGAAUGAGUUUGGACUUGACAGUGUUAGGAAUAGGGAGCCAUUGAAGGAUCCUGAGAUGAAUGACAUGAGCAGAUCUAUGUCUCUGGAAAUUAUCUGGUAGAUAUGUGAAAGAAGAAUUGGAGGGAGGAAAGAGUGGAGUAGGGAGGGGGCUGUUGGAACAGUCUAAUCAAGUGGUGACAAGGCAGAGUGAAUAGAGAUAUAGGAUUGAUGUCAGGAAGCUCUGAAUUCAAAUUCCCCCUCUUACUUCUGAGUAUAAUAGGAUUGAUCAGUGGAAGCCCUGGUUAACUGGACUAUGCAGACCCUCCUCGACUUCCUCUCCUCCAAUAGCACGUACACUUUGGCUCUGUUGCGAGGGACUUAUCCUUCAGCAGAUCCCAUAGUUUGCCUGAUCACCCUUGUUACACUACAUGCUACACUGUGAUUAACAAGUAACAUAACUUUCUAGGAAUAAACUCCUCAUUGAGGAAUUGUUCGUGACCUCUAUGUGCACAGGAAGCUCCUUUCCUUGUAGUUAUUGACAAAGUCACACAUGCUUCAUACAUUAUUGCUUAUGGGAGAUGUGAACGACAAAGUAAAAACUAUCAAGACUUGACGCUGACGGCUAGAAAAUCUUUCAAAUUAACCUAAAAGGGAUUGAGCGGGAUUAGAAUGUUGGUUUCCAAGCUGUAGCGAGGACUACACAGCUAGGUACAGAGGGGUGCAGCAAUGGACCCACUUGGGGCUAAAGGCAGACUUAUGGUCAAAGUGCUGGGGUUAAGGCCCUGGGGUUAGGGCCAGAGGCCUGUGUCUCUCCAUUCCAGGGCCAGUUGUGCUGCUCUGGAGCUAGCCUCUCUAUUGCUGAUCCUCUUUUUAGCUGGGGCCCUGGACUGGGUGACACCACAGGGUCAGGCACAGUUGCUCUGGUUUGGGGAAAGGAUCAGGGGUGAGGGUGGGGACAGCGGAAGAAUUUCCUGUUCAAAAAUUAGAAUGUACCCAUCUUCAAGAUGCUCUUUGACGGAGGCGAAGCAAGGCAAAGGACACUUAAGUAAGUCUAGGAUAAAGUAAACGUUAGGGGGGUUGGGGGUGGGAGAAGAGGCGGAGACGGGGAGAUUCCAUCUCCUUUCCUUUGCCAUUGGGAGCUAAGUGGGAAAAAAUUCCAGAGGGCGAUUUUAGAGGUUCUCAGGAAGCGCGAAACCAAAGGGUUAACACAAGGAGUAGGAGAGACGAAUAAGGGUUGGGGGGCACUCAAACUAAACUAAAAGAAGGAGCUGUUGGCUCCUCCUCUUCACAGUGUCAGCACGCAUCUCCCUCUCACCCGCCCCCCCCACUCGUUCCCUCCCUCCCCUCCCGUUUACAAGAUCUAAUGAGCUCCCCUGGGAGCUAGAGAAAAGAUCCCAGCUUCGGAGCGCACAGAGGGCUACAGUCUGCUGCGCUAGGCAGUCUCGGGAGCGGGAGCAAGGGAUACAGCUGCUGCGAAGCCCACCCUGGAUGGGGAGUGAGCUGAACUAAGGCCUGGGGAGUGGGAGAGUGGCUGUGGACGCCCAAGGGAGCAACCUCCCGGCGUCCAAGAAGUUCCCAUUGGAAAGCGAAGUUAGGCGCCAACUAAGCUACUGAGACCCGGGCAGAAAAAGUCGGAGCCGGGGCUGGGCGGCUUCGAAGAUGGCUGUACAGGCGGCUAUCCUCAGUCCCCAUCACUUCAUCCCCUUUUGCUUCCCCGGAUCUCCCGGGGCUCUAGGGAUGGACUUUGGAGACCUGGACAAGGGCUGCUGCUACGAGGAGGACGAGGCUGGGGGGACUGGGGUUGCCCUGCUUGGUGAAGCUGUGGCUGCCGAGGGAGCCGGCGGCGGGAGCGGGGGCGGGGACUUAAGGGAGGCUACUCGGGACCUGCUGAGCUUCAUCGACUCGGCAUCCAGCAACAUCAAGCUGGCUCUGGACAAGCCCGUGAAGUCCAAGCGGAAGGUGAACCAUCGCAAAUAUCUCCAGAAGCAGAUCAAGCGCUGCACUGGUAUGAUGACCUCGUCUUCGGCCUCUUCCUCGGGCCCUGCCCCCUCCGUCUCUCCGUCCCCUGGCCCCGCAGCUGCUGUCCCGGCUGGGGCUCCCGAGGCGCCCCCGAAGCGACUGCCUGCUGCCUCCCCCGCAGCCCCAGGUCCUCAGGGCAAAGCACCCCCGAAGCGGGAGGGGUCCCAAGCGGCCGCCAGUCUGCAGAGCAAGAGCCUGGCUGCCCUCUUCGAGUCUUUGCACCAGGUUCGAGGCAAUGGUGGUGAGAAAGGAGGAGCCGGAACCUUGGCUACGGUGGCUGGAGGAGGAGGUGGGGGCGGCGGCGUGGGAGCCGAAGGAGGCGGUCCACUUGUGGCAGCAGCUGGGGCCGGUGGGGGCAAGAAAGUCCCUCUGCGGAAUCGAAAUCUGCCCCCGUCCUUCUUCACCGAACCAUCUAGGGCGGGUGGAUGCGGCCCGUCGGGGGGCGGUGUGACCCUUCGCGAGCUGGAAAAAGGCGGCGAGGCGGUGGAGUUUUUCGAGCUAUUGAGCCCAGAUUACUGUGCGGGAGGAGAGGUUGGGGGGUUACUGCCCUCCGAGCCUCUCGACUUGUUCCCAGCUGCCGUGCGGGCCCCCCAGGAGCUGGAACACAUCCUAUACGAUCCGCACCCCACCGUGGUAGCAGGCUUGCUAUAUUCAGAGCCCUGGAGCACCCCGUGCCCCCCAGCCAAGAAGCCUGCCCCUGCUUCCAAUCGUGGGGGCGGCGGCUUGACCUUGAGCGAAACUUUGCGCCCCUUGUACCCCGGCACUUCAGACUCCGCUGCUUCCAGUCUGGUCCCCGGGGGAGAGGACACCGCGGGCCACCUGACGCCUUUCGCCCAGUUCUUCCCUGACUGUGCCCUGCCAACCCCACCUCCUCCCCACCAGAUGCCUUAUGAUUACGGGGUGGGGUACAGCCGGGUCGCUUAUUCUGGGCUUUAAAGAAUGGAUUCUGGAGAGAGAGUGCAUCCUUGAAGGAGAAAUCGUGUGACAUGAACUCCCUUGUAUGUACUCGUAACUAGGCCGUGGGCAAAACGGCGCGGCUCUCCCUUCUAAGCUGAAAGAUCGAUUAAAAAGUAGACGUGACAAUGAAACUGACUUUUUUUUUUUGUAGGGGCGGGUGCAGAAAUUUUGAAAAGGAAAUGUGAAAAGUGUGAUAAUCAUCCACACUCACUCCCAUUCCAAAGGGGGGAAAACAUAAAAAACAAGUUAGGUGUUUUUUUUUUUUGUAAAACAAAUUGCAAGUUCAGACCAGUCAGAGGUUGUAGGUAGAGAGGGAGAGAGCCUUAAAUUUCUAUCUACCCCCUCCAGGUUUUCAGAAAUCCAGGUCAGUUCGGUUGCAUUUAAUGCUCUUUUCCUUUCCCAAUUUAGUGCACUGGUGUAUGUAUGUAUGUGUGUGGUGGUGGUUUUUACCUCAAAUGGAUUAUGAAUGUCAAUAUAUUAAAACAAUAAUUAA